AGCAAUUGAAGGAAAACUGAAGCAAGCUAGUGAUUGGCUACAAGAUCCAGCAGCUUUGGUUGGCAGUGCAGGUGACAAAGCCCUCCAUCAAAUUUUAGAAGAUGCUCGGAAAAUUGCUGAUAGGUGUGCUAAUCCUGCUGAGAGAGAUGCCAUCAUACGUAAUGUGGGAGAUAUUGAAUCCAUGGCAAAUAGUUUGGCUGAACUUAGGCAGCAAGGAAAAGGUAGCAGUCCACAGGCCAUGGCUCUAGCCAGAGAAAUCCAGAAUAAACUUGGCAGUUUGCAGCAGUUAACCCAGCUGGGAAUUGCUAACACAGAACGUAGUGGGAUCCGUAAGCCUGCUCCUACAGUAUCUGGCAAGGUAGAACAAGCCCAGAGAUGGUUAGCUAAUCCAGGACUUGAUGAUAAAGGACUUGGUGAACAAGCUACACGCAUGGUUGUUGCUGAUGGGCGCAAAGUGGCCGAAUCCUUGACUGGACCACAAAGAGCAGAGCUCCUUCGUCUUUGUGAUGAGACUGAAAUAUUAACCAAUCAGUUGGCAGAUAUGAUCCGAAGGGGACAGGGUAAUACUCCUCAAGCUCAAGCAUGUGCACGCCACUUAUCUGAGAAGUUACAUGCUCUGAAGAACAAAAUCGGUGAAGGCCUUGUUAAUCAGGUGGCAGAGGACUUCAUUGAUAUGACCACCCCUCUGAAGCAGUUGAGUGAUGCUGCAGUUGUUCCUCUUGGAGUGCCUGGCCGAGAACAAAAAUUUGAGGAAAAAGCACGUAACUUUUUAAGUCAGUCAGCAAAACUUGCUGAAACUGCCAACAUGGUGGCAACUGCUGGUGGCUGUGCAAACAAGAAAACUGUUGAGGCUAUUUUUAGUACUUCUGCUCAGGCCAAUGACUUGUCUCCUCAAGUUGUAAAUGCUGCCAAAAUAGUUCUGAUCAAUCCUACUAACCAAGCUGCUGUUGACCACUUUGAUCUUCUGAAGAAACAGUGGACUGAGAACAUGGAGCGUCUACGGACAUUGGUCGAUGAGGCCACUGAUACAGAAGCUUUUAUUCUUGCCACAGAACAAGGAAUUCAGAAAGACAAAGAAAAGGUUGAAGAAGGAAUUCGAACCAUCAAUCCUCCAAUUAUAGUUACUAACGCUUCCAAUAUUGCUCGGCGUGCAAACCGUGUACUGCAAGUUGCUCAACAAGAAGCAGAGAACAGUGAAGAUCCACAGUUUGUGGAAAAAGUUAAUUCUGCUUCUGAUGUCCUGAAAUCUACAAUUACCCCAAUGGUGAAGGAAGCGAAGUCGGUCUCUAUCGACCCCAAAGAUCAGGUUGCUGCAAACAAUUGGCGCAAAACAAACAAUUCAUUAAUAUCUGCUGUUGGCCAGGUGAGAAAAUCUGUUAUGGUAACACCAAAAGAGGAGAACAGAUACACUCAAGCCUUCCCACCCCCACCAGAUAUGUCUCAACUGAGUAUCUCAGCUAAGGGUGGCAGCCCUAAAGCUCCCCUGUCUCCACGCAGGGUUAGAGUGCCUGUUCAGAUGGCACCUCCAACAACAACGCUCACCUUUCACAAUAGUGCUUAUGACCCACUUACACCACUUAUCAACCAGCUGUCGAGUUGUGUCCCCACACCUCCAAGUGGUCGUUCCAGAGAUGACUGUACAUACAUAUAUAAUAGAGUCCCUGAUCAACAUGCUAUGGAUGGAAGAAGUGAGGUCCUAGAAGCUACCGUACAGAGGGAACAACAUUACGCUCCAGAGCAGAAGAGUCCCAUGUUUGUUCCUCCUCCCCCAGUGCCGCCACCACCACCACCACAGGAUAGCUACAAUUAUGGAUAUGAUUACAGAGAUGCUCCUCCACGGCCACCACUGCCAAGUGAUGCCUGUCCUCCAAGACCUCCACCUCCAGAGACUGAUGACGAGGAUGAAUCUGCUUUCCCAGUGCCACAAGUCAAUCAACCAAUUAUGAUGGCAGCCCAUGAUCUACAUAUGGAAACCAAGCAAUGGUCUAGUAAAGACAAUGAAAUCAUUGUAGCUGCAAAGAAAAUGGCUCUUCUACUUGCGAAACUUUCCCAUCUUGUUAGUUGUCAGGAAAAUUGCAAAUGGAUAUGGUGUACUGUUCACAAGACAGGUGAAGGUGGAAGCAAGAAAGAUUUGAUUGCAACUGCUAAAGCUAUAGCUGAGGCCUCAGAAGAAGUGACCCGGCUAGCUAAGAUCCUUGCACUUGAAUGUACUGACAAGAGAAUGAGAACUAACUUACUGCUUGUUUGUGAACGAAUACCCACCAUAGGUACUCAACUGAAGAUCUUGUCGACCGUGAAAGCCACUAUGCUUGGAGCCCAAGGUUCUCAAGAAGACCAAGAUGCAACAGAGAUGUUAGUCGGUAAUGCACAGAACUUAAUGCAGUCAGUCAAAGAAACUGUGCGUGCUGCAGAAGCUGCAUCAAUCAAGAUCCGUGUUGACUCUGGCUACACUAUCAGAUGGAUCCGUAAAAGGCCAUGGUACACCUAAGUUAAACAGUGUUUUCAAAGUUCAGUAUGUUUUAUGUGAGUGCAAGUUUAUGGCUUAGCACACCAUUACUGAUUUGAAGGUAACUUGUUUAGACAAAUGCAGUGAAUCAAACAAUACAGUUAAAGCUGCAUUAUAUAAGAAUCUGCUUGAGAUUUUGGCCACUCAUAGUUUGUUACAUUUUUAAAAAAAAUUAUUUUUAAGUAUUUACAUUUAAAAGCAAACAAAAAUCAUAGGAAGAAUAAAAUUUUUAAAAUGAGAAAAAAAAAAUUGACAAUUAAAAAAGACCAAAAAAAGUUUUUACAAGGAGAUGGCUAUGGUGCUUAUUAUAUUUUGUCAAUAACUGCUUAUUUCUGAAAUUUCCUCAACUAUUAUAUUUUAUAUAUAUAUAUAUAUACACACAUGUAUGUAUGUAUGUAGGUACAUAUGUAUGUAUGUACAUGUAUGUAUGCAUGUACGUAUAUAUGUAUAUAUAUAUAUAUGUAUAUAUAUAUAUAUAUAUAUAUAUAUAUAAUGUGGAAUUUCCUUUUGUGCCAAUUGUUUCAUCAGACAUAUAUACAUGCACUCAAUUGAAAUUGUUAUAAAAUGCAACAUGAACUGACAUUCUUUGAUUUAUUUAUUUAUUUAUUGCCCCUCCUCUCUUAUUUUGUAUACUUUUUUCUACAACCUUUUCAUUUUUUUCUUUUAAAUUUCAUUUCAUAAACUUAAAUGUUUCUAUCUUUUUUUUUUUUUUCAUUCAUAAUAUAUUUGUAUUGUGAAUUUUUUUUCUCUCUCUUUUUCUUUUGCAAUCACCUGUUUUCCUGUUAGGUCUUCCAUGUCAUGUUGUUGUUGUUAUUAUUAUUAUUAUUAUUAUUGACUUGGCAGAAUUGUUAGUGCCAAACACAAUACCUUGUGGUAAUCAGUUACAGUUGAGUUCAAAUCCCAUCAAGGCCAACUCUUCUUUUCAUUCUCCCAGGGUCAAUGAGAUAAAGUACCAGGCAGGUAUUUCUACCAAUUUUAGAGAUCAUUAUUAAUUUUAGAGUGGUUGACUGGCAAAGUCACAAACUUAGACAAAAUGCCUGGCAUUUCUGCUUUUCCCUUUUUUGUUUUCAAAUCUAGCCAAGAUAACUUUGCUUUUCAUCUGCUGUCUGAGGUUAAUGAAAUAAAGUAUCAGUGAAGUAUUAGAGUUAAUUUAAAUAAUAAAACUCAUCUCCCAAAUUUCUGAUUUUAUGCCUAUAUUAGAAAUAUUAAUAAUAAUAAUAAUAAUAAUAAUAAUAAUGAUGAUCUCAAAUUUCGGCACAAGGCUCAACUGAUACUUAUUUUAUUGACCCCAUAAAAAUGAAAGGCAAAGUUGACCUUAGUAGAUUUAGACUCACAAUGCAAAGACUGAUGAAAUGCCACUAAGCAUUUUGUCUGUCUUUGUUCUGAGUUCAAAUGCUAUUGAAGUCAACUUUGCCUUUCAUCCUUGCAGGGUCGCUAAAAUAAAUACCUGUUAAGCACUGGGGUUGAUUUAAUCAACUUCCCCUUCUCUAAAUUGCUGGCCCUGUGCCAAAAUUAGAAAGGGUUAUCAUUAACAUUAGAUUGGCAGAACACAUAAAGGCAACAAACAAAAUACCUUGCAGUAUUUAGUUGCGUCUCCUCACAUUUUGAGUUCAAAUCCUGCUGAAGUCAACAUGAUUAAAUGUACUUCCUCUCCACACACACCAAAUUUUCUGGUCUUGUGCUCAUGUAACAAAUCAUCAUUGUUAUUAUUAUUAUUAUUAUUAUCUUAUCAACAUUGAAUAAUUGUUUUAGGAAUCACUAACUUCAUGUCAACAGAUCUGGUUAAAUAAUUAUUUUCAUACAUUUUAAAUUAAUUUUGAAUAUAUUAUUUUUAUCUUAAUUGGAACUGUUCAUUACUAGAAAUGAUCGAAGAGAGGCUUUGUUCUGUACUAAUUGCAUAUAUACAUACACACACACAUAUAAUGCUUGUAUGUAUUUGCAUUACAAUAAUUAUGAUAUUGAUAAUAAUUGUAGUUACACGAAGAAUAAUGCUCAUUGUAGUACUAAAGAGAUUAAAUAUAACUGAUUAUAGUCCCAGCUUGUUCCAGCUAGCAAAAUGGUUCUCAAUCAUUUGGAAUUAGACACACACACUUGCACAAAAAGGGUGUCUUGUAAUAUUGGGUCACAUUUUAAAUGCAAGUAACUUGCAAGCACAUUUAUUCAAUAUGUUCCUUAUGAUACUCCUUAUGUAUGUAUGUGUGUGUGUGUGUGUGUAUAGGGUUGUUUCAAUUACCCCACCAUCUUGUAAAAUUUGACCUUAUGCUUAUUCAAUGACCAAGACUGCUGUGCUUAACUAAAUACUUCAUCCUCUUAGUCUCAGGUUCAAAUACCACUACUGAGGGGUGGGUGAAUAGUAUUAAUUAUAUAUUUGGGUCAAUGCAGGCAACGUAUACCUCUUCCUAAGAAGAGCAGUUUUCUGCCACACCAAAAACAAAAAAAUGUUGUCAUUAUUUUGGAUUGGCACAAUCUUUAGAGCAUGAGAUCAAAAGCCUAUGCUGUAUUUUGUUGCAACUUUUUACUUUCUGAGUUCAAAUCCUGCUGAGAUCAAUUUUGCCUUUUCUCCUUUUGGGGUUAAUAAAUAAAGUACCAGUGAAGUUUUGGGUUAGCUUUAAUUGACUAACCUCACAUCCUAGAUAUCUGGCUUUGUACCAUGUUGGAAAAUAGUAUUAUUAUUAUUAUUAUUAUUAUUAUUAUCAUUAUUAUUAUUAUAAGUCAGUGAGCUGUCAGAAUCAUUAGUGUGCCAGACAAAAUGCCUAGUGGUAUUUCUUCUGACUCAUUAUGUUCUGAGUUCAAAUUCUGCCAAGAUCAACUUUGCCUUUCAACCUUUCAGGAUCAAUAAAAUAAAUACCUGUUAAGCACUGGGGUCAAUGUAAUUGACUUCCCUCCUUCUAAAACAUCGCUGGCCUUGUGCCUAUAAUAGGAAGAAUUAUUAUUAUUAUUAUUAUUAUUAUUGAAAUUUGAACUUUUUUUAUGCUAACCAACAACAAACUGUAAUGAUGUUGUCACUGAUAACUUCUCACUGUGCCUUAAGCAAUCAAUAUUAUUGUUGUUUUUUUUUUUUAUAAUUUUUUUGAUGAAAUAAAUGUCCAAAAUAUGGAACCCUAUGAAAUAUUCAAA